GUUCUCCACUGCUAUGAAGAGAACCGGCGAAUGGAUUUACUCUCCGGAGGUCCCGAGCGACAUCGAUGUGAAGGUCGGAGGAUCAAUCUUUCCUUUGCACAAGUAUCUGCUGGUCUCAAAAUGUGGAUACAUCCGAAAGCUGGCAUCGGAAGCCAAUCAGCCGAACACCUCAGCGAUCGAAAUCCCUGACGUUCCCGGUGGCGCGGAAGCGUUCGAACUCGUGACCAAGUACUGCUACGGCGUAAACUUCGAGAUCACCGCAGAGAACAUCGCCAUGCUUCGUUGUGUCGCGGAGUACCUUGAGAUGACGGAAGAUUACACGGUCGGGAAUCUGGUGAGUAGAGCGGAGGCCUACUUGGAAGAAGUCGCGCUGCUAAGUCUCUCGGCUGCGGUCACCGUGUUGCACAAAUCGGAGGAGCUGCUUCCCGUGUCGGAGAAGGUGAAGAUGGUAAGCCGGUGCAUCGAUGCGGUGGCGUACAUGGCCUGCAACGACAGCCAGUUAUGUUCGUCUUCGAGGACGGACAACUUCCAGGAGAGGUUCUCUUCGUCGUCGCAGCCGAAUGCGAUCGUUGAUUGGUGGGCAGAGGAGUUGACGGUGCUUAGAAUCGACACCUUUCAAAGAGUUCUCAUGGCGAUGAAGGGUAGGGGAUUCAAACAGUAUGCUCUUGGACCAGUGAUCAUGUUGUAUGCGCAGAAAUCUCUGCGAGGUUUGGACAUCUUCGGCAGAGGAAGGAAGAAGAUGGACCCAAAGGACGAGCAUGAGAAGAGGAUAAUACUAGAAACAGUGGUGAGUCUCUUGCCGAGGGAAAGGAACGCCAUGUCGGUGAGCUUCCUUUCCAUGCUUCUGCGAGCGGCGAUCUACUUGGAGACGACGGUGGCAUGCAGGCUUGAUCUGGAGAAGAGGAUGGGCUUGCAACUCGGCCAGGCAGUGAUAGACGAUCUACUGAUUCCCUCGUUCACCUUCGAUGGCGACACCAUGUUCGACGUCGACACGGUUCAGAGGAUACUGAUGAACUACCUCGAGCAUGAGGUCAAUGGAAGCCGGAUUGGCUACAGCACCGACGACGACUACAUCUCGCCACCGCACGGCGACAUGGAGCGAGUUGGAAGGCUGAUGGAGAGCUACCUUGCGGAGAUUGCAUCUGAUCCCAACUUGACGAUCGCCAGGUUUAUUAGCCUUGGUGAGUUGGUGUCCGAGCAAGCAAGAGUUAACGAAGAUGGGAUGUACAGAGCCAUUGACAUAUACCUCAAGGCUCACCCGUCAUCGACUGAUGAGGAGAGGAAGAAGGUUUGCAGCUUGAUGGACUGCCAGAAACUGUCAAGGGAGGCUUGUGCUCAUGCGGCUCAGAACGAAAGGCUUCCGGUGCAGACGGUGGUUCAGGUUCUUUUCUGCGAGCAGCAGCGCUUCAGAGAUGCAACGAGCGGAAGCUUCACGGGGGGAGAAUCUCCUGCGCUGUCGCUCAGGUCGACUCCAUGUUCGACGAAACAUCGCGGAGGCACGGACGAACUCUCGCGCCUGCAAAGGGAGAACGAUGACCUGAGAAUGCAGUUGCUGAGGAUGAGAAUGCUGCUGAAGGAAGUGGAGAAGCCAUCAGGACAAAUACCAUCUGCACAGAAGCCUCCGCUGCCGAAGAAGUCCUUCAUAAACUCUCUCUCUAAGAAGCUCGGGCGCCUCUACCCCUUCACGCACGCCGACGGUGUGAAGCCUUUCUCCAGCAAAGGUCGGACAAAGCCACCCAAAGAUCGAAGACAUUCGAUCUCUUGAUAUGUCAGUAUCUCUUAAGUGAUGAUGUAUACUAUCCUUUCACAUCUAGUGAUGAAUAAAUUGUCACCUCCUUCCUCUGAUCGUUCCCAUUAUCGUCUGUAUAGGCAUCUGCAAUCCAUGUUUCGCUUGAACUCUGAUAGCACCAAGAAAGAUGUUUGCAGCGGUUAACCCGAGGCAUGUACUUUCCGUUGUUACUUUGUACAUAUGUGAAUACUGUAUUCUUUAUGUAUUGCCCUGUGGAUUACUCGU